GACAGCGACGGGAACCCAGACUUUCCCAUGGCCUCGCUGUACGUGGGCGACCUGCACCCCGAGGUGACCGAGGCGAUGCUGUACGAGAAGUUCAGCCCGGCGGGGCCCAUCCUGUCCAUCCGCAUUUGCAGGGACAAGAUCACCCGCCGCUCGCUGGGCUACGCCUAUGUCAACUACCAGCAGCCGGUGGACGCCAAGCGGGCCCUGGAGACACUCAACUUCGACGUCAUCAAAGGCCGGCCGGUGCGCAUCAUGUGGUCCCAGCGGGACCCCUCGCUCCGCAAGAGCGGGGUGGGCAAUGUCUUCAUCAAGAACCUGGGCAAGACCAUCGACAACAAGGCGCUCUACAACAUCUUCUCGGCCUUCGGCAACAUCCUGUCCUGCAAGGUGGCCUGCGACGAGAAGGGCCCCAAGGGCUACGGCUUCGUGCACUUCCAGAAGCAGGAGUCGGCCGACCGCGCCAUCGACGCCAUGAACGGCAUCUUCCUCAACUACCGCAAGAUCUUCGUGGGCCGCUUCAAGUCGCACAGAGAGAGAGAGGCCGAGAGGGGCGCCUGGGCCAGGCAGUCCACCAGCGCUGACGUCAGGGAUUUCGAGGAGGACACCGACGAGGAGGCCACCUUUCGAUGAACACAUCCCAGGAGCCAGCCCCUAGAGCCGAGCCCUGGCUCCCACCCGGUUUACAACACCCCCGCACCUUCCCCCCAACCCACCAGCAGUGUAUUGUAUUGAGAGUGCAGGUCUCUCUCUGCCACCCCUUUCCUUUCCCCUUCCCCUUCCCCUUCCCUUUCCCCUUCCUGCUCCCUUUCCCCCUCCCCCUGCCCCCCUGGCCUGCCUUUCUCCCCCC